ACAGACUGCAUGUGGUGUAGAGCGGUUAAAUAGGAGUGCCCCAGCAACCAAAGUAUCCACUUUCUUCUUCUUUCUUUCUUCAACAAAUUCCUUCCCAUUACUUCUCGCAAACCCAGAAAUUACCUCGAGAACGACUUCUUCGGCAACCAUUAGACAUCUACAGCAUCCUAUUAACGGCCAGUAACCAAUCAACCAUUGGAGCAACAUCAACAAACAAAAUUCUUCCAAGAUAACAAAGGCAGUGAAGGCAUCAACAGAGGCUAACGAUAUUCAACGAAGCCAAAGAUUGUUGUGCUUGUGUGUGUGUUAGUAAGGGAAUUGCGGAGCUGUGAUUCGUUAACACCCAACUCCCAAUAAGUCAUACAUCGGUGUAAGGACUUAGUUAAAGGAGCCUUAGUGUUUGUGUCUAUGUGAGAUUUGCAGAUAGAGUUUAGUGUGUGCCAAUCUCUAAGAGGACUAGACACAGUGUCAAUUGUGCGUGUGACCCUUAGUGACAAUUCAUACGAGAUUACCCAGCAAGCAAUCAAGUCGCGCUGACAAAGUCCCCACCAUCUUUACUUUCCUGAAUAUCCCAACAGCAUUACUCUCCAUUACUAAACGACCUUUAGCCAGUCCGUUAGUCAUUCGUUGUCCAUUAGCAUAUGGCAACGUCAAGUGAUGUCAAUAUGAGCAGCCGCCUCCAUCUGUGUCCCACACGUAUUCAUCAUCAUUGCAGGGUGGGCCAAUUAUCAUGGCUAGCAAUGCGCUACAGCGAUUACGAUCACAACAACAACUGGUACCAGAAUCCGGCUAUGCAAGUAAUGAGACGGCCAGCGACAAUGAAUUAAGGAGCCCCAAAAGACCACAACAAAUUUCAAGCGAAAUUCCACUUAAAUCAAGUCGCUUGAGUUUGUCGGAGCCCCCACAACGCCAGCAACACCACCAAAAAUCAACCAAUACCCACAAGCAACAACAGCAACAACAAUCCCAUUACCAUCGCCAUCGCCAUAGCCAUCAUAAUCAUCAGCAAUUGCUGAGUCGUCCUUCGCUGCUAUUGCCCAAGGUGGCUAAAACUUAUCGUAGCAAAGUUUGUGGUGGCACAACGUCGUCAUCGUCGUCGUCGUACUCAAAGUUCAGCAAAAUUUUGAAGGGUCCUUCUCCGUUUCUGCGUCGUUUGGGCUUUGAUUCGUCAAUAGCGAUUUGGUUGCAAGUUUUAUUAUUCGCCGUUUUCUGUCUUAACGAUGUGGCUAACGGCGAAGGAAAUGUUGGUUGCAAAUUUGUCCGGACCUUGUGCAUGGAAGGUACUGAAGUGUGCUUCGAUGACAACAUCUUUGGAAAGUGCAUACCAACCGCUGGCGUCGAUGUGGAGGACAUUGAAAAAACCCCUCUCACGGAAGACCAAUCGCGCCUACUCGCCACUAUGCUCGAGGAGUUGCAGGGGGCCGGGUUAGGUUGGGAUCAUCCCUAUGUUCAAUGCCGCAUACAAGGUUCUCUUUACUCAAUGCAAAAACAAAUUCAACUUCCUCCCAAUCUAUGCGCCAAUUUGGCUCCCAUGCCCACGGACUUUGAGCCGGCUGAUGCCAUGGCCUUUGUGCGUUUUAUACCACCAGAAGACGAAUAUGCCGCUAAUAAACUUUUCUAUCCGCCUCUGAAAAAACACAACGGAGCAGCCAAUUCCAAUGGCAUCAAUGCCAUUUUUCAUCAACUGCAAAUGCAGGAUCGUCAGCAACGCACUGAUCCUUUGGAACUGAGCCAAUUGGGAGAGUUCGAUAGACAUCGUGAGUCACAAAUGAAUCCUUCGAAUGUCAUGGACUUGUAUAUGGAGAAUGAAAGGGCGCGCAUACAAAAGGAAAAUGAGGAGAGGGAGGCCCAGCUGGAGGCAGAGCGCAAAGAGGCCUUAUUGCAACGUUUGGAACUGUAUCAAAUGCUGGCUGCUUCAGAACCCGAUCCCCAGCCCUAUGAAAGGACUCAGGAGAGGUUGAUGGAUCAGCUGGAGACAGUGCCAAUGCCGCCACAACCAGCCUCACCCAUUUAUGUGCCCGAUGAACCCAAUGACUCCAAUGAAUUGUAUUUCCCUGAGAAUUAUGGUCCCUGGAAGCGGACAAGUGCCCGCAAAGGUGUUCUGCCGGAGAAACCCAACAAGGAGAAGUCAUUUUUCCGCGAAUUGGCACAGGAAAAGGGCCUCGAACAAGAACCUGCUCUCCUUAACCAUGCCCAGGCUUCCCCAGCAUUGGAGGUAGAGGAAUUGUCUGCCUAUAAGCGGAGACCUUUGAAAUUGGAAAACAAUGAGGCGAAUGAAGCCCGCCAGGAUAUUGAGGAAAGUCUAUUUCGUAAUUCUUUGACUCCCUUGGAAGAGGAGGCAAUGCUUUCGUCCAAUAUGCAUCCGCAUCGGCACAAACAACAUCGUCCCGAAAAGGUCUUUACCGAGGGAGGUCUGAUUACCAUGAAUGAUCAGCCGGUGUAUGAUGCCGUUUACGAUAAGGAACAGCGAAAGGAAAAGGCUCGCGAAUUGUUGGCCAAUAUGCUGGGCUUCACAAGACACGAACGUUUGGAUGUUAAGAAGCCGGGACCCAUGGUAGGACCUCCACCAUCCGUCAAAGAGGAUCUGGUGAGGAAACUAAACAACUCUGAUACCAAGGAACAGCUGCCGGCGCACAUCAAGGGCAGCAAUGAGGCAAGCAAAAAGAAGAAAGUUGUCAAGAACCACUCCGACGAGGAUCAUGCGCCGCAUACUGUCGACACUGAGUAUGCGCAUGUGUUUGUUAAAAACCCUAUCGACAGUUGGAAUGAUGGCGUACGAAUCGUAAAUGAGUUGGCUAAUAUUUUACACAUGCAAGGAUACUUUACCUAUUUAACCGUUCUACCACAUGAAGUCUCCUUCCGGGUGGACUCAAAUAACCCCGAACGCAAGAGUGCCAUAGACAUUGCACGUGCCAUCAAUGAAAAUCGCGGCGUCAAGAACAACAUUCUACGGCGUCUGGGCGUCACUGUGUUGCGUGCCGGUGUUGGUGAUAAAAUCAAACGCGAUGACGAUGGUGGUGUUUCCGCAGCUCGCAUUGAACUGGCCGACCAGGGACCCGAUGUGACGCACAUUAUGGUCUACAUGUUUGCCGGUGCUGGGGCGGCGGCAAUCAUUGUAAUCUUCGUGACACUGAUACUGAUCAAGAGGCAUGAUAAGAAACGCGACAAACUGGGUGGCAUACAGUCGGGCAUAGCAGGCACAGAAAGUUGCAGCAAGGACUAUCAGGAUUUGUGUCGUGCUCGUAUGGCCGGCAAGGGUAGUGCUGCGGAACCGGUGGCCAGUGGACGCAUAACAUCACUAAGCAAGGAUAAUGAAAGACCGCCUUCAUCGCGUUCCAGCACCUCGUCAUGGAGUGAGGAGCCAGCUUUAACGAAUAUGGAUAUAUCAACGGGUCACAUGGUUUUGUCUUAUAUGGAAGACCAUUUGAGGAACAAGGGUCGCCUACAGCGGGAAUGGGAAGCCUUAUGCCGCUAUGAGGCCGAGCCCAGUGCCCGUGAUGCUGCCCUACAGCCUCAAUGUGCCAAUUUGAAUAGACCCGGAGCUCCAUUACCCUAUGAUCAUUCUCGUGUUGUUCUCAAUCAUUUGGCAAAUGCCGAAGGACUGGAUUAUGUUAAUGCUUCGACUAUUACCGAUCAUGAUCCUCGUGCCCCUGCCUAUGUGGCCGCCCAAGGACCCAUACCUUCAACGCUGGCCCACUUCUGGCAAAUGAUCUGGGAACAAGGUGCCGUUGUCAUUGUGGCCUUAUGUCGCCUACAGGAAAAUGGCGAAAUUGCUUGUGCCCGUUACUGGCCUGAAGAGGGCGCUGAAGUCUAUCACAUAUAUGAGGUUCAUUUGGUUAGUGAGCACAUAUGGUGUGAUGACUAUCUCGUCAGAUCUUUCUACCUGAAGAAUUUAAGGACUAGCGAAACCCGCACUGUUACACAAUUCCAUUUCCUUUCCUGGCCUCAGAGUGGUGUACCGCCUCAGGCUAAAGCUUUACUGGAUUUCAGAAGAAAAGUCAACAAAUCCUAUCGCGGCCGAUCCUGCCCCAUUGUGGUGCAUGGCAGCGGUGGUGCAGGCCGUACCGGUGCCUAUAUACUACUCGAUUUGGUAUUGGGACGCAUGAACAAAGGGGCUCGUGAGAUUGAUAUAGCUGCUACACUGGAACAUUUGAGAGAUCAAAGAGCCGGUCUGGUGGCCACAAGGCAACAAUUCGAGUUUGUGCUUAUGGCUGUAGCCGAAGAGGUGCAUGCCAUUUUAAAAGCUUUACCAGCCAAUCAGUCGAAUGAGAAAAAGGAUGUGGACAGCCGAGAGACAGGGGUACUCAAGGAAGAAGAAGAAGGAGUGGUGGCAGCAGCAGGCUCAACGACAGGCAAAGACCAGGACAAGGAACAGGAUAAGGAUAAAGAAACAAUGGCUAAGGAUAAGGAAACGAAAUCAACACCGGCAAAAUCAGCAGCAACAACAACAGCAGCAGCGACAAAGACGCCCAAGGGCGAGAAUAAUAGAAAAAAAUAAAAAGGGGGUUUAUGAGUUCCAAUUAAGUUAUGAUUUUUUUUCAGUUUUGAGAUUUUUUGAGAUUUUAGCAGCAAUGUAAGACAGAAAGGUUCGAAAAAGGCUAACCAGGAAUGAAAGAAUGAGAAGGUUUUUUUUUUGUCAAUUUUCUUUUAUUAUUUUCUCUCCAGAUUUUCCUAUGGCGUGUUAAUACUAUGGAGUUUUAUUGUAGGCAAUCUGUGAAUGAUUUUUACUAAAAUACCAGCCCUUAGCUAAAUUUCAUAACGGCUUGUCAACUCCAUAAAUGAUUAACCGUUGAGGAAAAUUUCUCUAACAAUUAAGUGUUGGUAGUAUGUAAGUCUAUAUACAAAACUAAAAAUUAAAUAUUUAGUAAUAUAUAUAUACACAUACAAAAAUCAAUUGUCUAUAUAUAUAUAUAUAAAAAAAAACAAAAAACUAAAAUCAUUAAAAACUUAAAUCACAUAUGACAACAAAAAAACGCAUUCAAGUGUAGAUGAAAAAAAAAAUUAAAAAAAUCUUAUAAUUAUUAUUAUUAAACAAAAAAUUAUGUUUUACUUUUAUCACCAAAAGAAAUAAGUGUACUAACAAUGUAUAGAUGUCUAUGGAAAACCUAUUUCAAAAAUACUAAGGCAAAUGUUUAAAUACGCCCUAUGGCAUACCCCUUGAACAUUUUCGUUUGGGGUAAGAUUGGCAUUUCUUAGCGAUUGCAGCAUCAAUUUUGCUAAUUUUCCCAAAACAAAAAAUUAUUGAUGUGUUGAAACAAAACAUAAACAGCAUAUUAUUACAUGAAUAUGAAAAUAAAACAAACAAAACAGAAAAAAACAUGCUAAACAGAUAUGUGUACCUUAAAUAAAAAUCAAAUGAAAAUCCAUUAACAAA